AUGUCGCAUACCAUUCUACUGUUCCAACUAAAUAAGGAUAUGGAAACUCGCACCUACUGUGAUUACGAAAGCAUCAACGAUUGCAUGGAGGAUGUGUGCAGAAUUUACGAGGAGCAUCUGAAGCGACGCAACCCAAACUUAUCGACCAUAACCUACGAAAUUAGCGAGCUUUUCGACUUUAUCGAUCAGCUGAUUCAUCUUGACUGCCUUGUGUAUCAGAAAACUACCCAAUCGUAUGGUGCGUACAACAAGAGCUGGAUAAAGGAGAAGAUUUACAACCUGAUGGAUCGGUUAGCCACCACGUGCAGCAAUGCAUCGUAA